GACACUCAAUCAGCUGUUCAGUAGAUUGUUUAUUAAAUAAUUUUGUUGAACGUUAUCAGCGGAGUUCUUGUGGGUUUCAAAAAUUCAGUAAUAGAACACCGCCCCAAAAGAAUAUUAAACACAUGAAACAAUAUCAUGCCGACAUCGAUAGAAGAUUUACCAGAAGAGAUGCUGCUAAAAAUAUUCUCCCACCUGGAGCUGGAUGAUCGCAAAACCGCGGGAACGGUUUGCCGUCGGUGGUCCACACUAGCACUCCGCUGCACGGAUCUUCAGCUAGAGGUGGAUUUUCGUGGACCCGAUGGCGAGGACGUGUACCACCGCGUUCUACUGGCAAGUUCGCGACCUUACAAACACUUGGUUUUCUAUUUCGGUUACGAUUACGCAAAAUGUGAACUCUUGCUUCACAUUUUGGCCAGAUUUGCUUCGACCGUGGACACACUGAAACUGCUGCCGAACAAUUUCGUUCCGGUUGAAAUCGAAUUCCUAGCCAAAAUAGUGGCACUCUGUCCGAAUUUAAAGCGUCUGCACGUUGACGCAUGUACGUUUCAGAACCAGUCCGAUGUCGAAGUAAAAAUUCCGCCGAUGAACCAUUUGUCCGACUUGUACCUGGAAAACAAUCUGCUGGAUUUACGAGAAUUUGACUUUCGAGAUGUGACACCGAACAUCACAGGUUUGCAUCUACAAAUUGGCUACUACUCACAACGUCCUCAGCAAUUUUUGCAGCAUAUUGGGCCUCGUCUAAAAGAAUUAGAGGUUUGGUUUCUCACUGAGGAUCAUUUUCCCAGCGUUUGCGGAAUGAACUUCCCGCUGCUAGAAAAAGUCAACUUUUACUGCGUUGAUUCCAGUUUCGAUGACUGCCAUACGAUCGAACAGUUGGCGAGGUUCUUCCAACAAUGCAGCAAACUAAAAGAAGCAACCCUGCGAUGCAAUGUCAACGAACUUGUGCUGGGAAGUAUGUCACAGCUUUGUGCGAAUCUACAGAGUCUGUGCCUCAGUAUCGAGGAACUGUCCGAGGAAUGUUUUCUAUAUCUUAGCGAACUGCGUAGUUUGAAGCGACUCAGAAUAGAGGACGCAAGGAUCCAUGCUCCCGAUCCGAACUUUUGUCGUCCUUUCAAGAAGCUGGUGAUGCUUACACUUUACUCGGUUCAGAUCGAUGAUCCAAGCAAAUUCAAUAGGUUUGCAUGCAUUUCGUUUCCCGUGCUUGCCACGCUGGAACUUUUGCACGUUUGCUGUGGUAUGAAUCAGGCGACAAUGUUCAAAUUUCACAGCAUCAUUUGCUCCAGUCUGCUGUAUCUGGAACGGUUGGUUUUACACGAAUCGGAAAAAUUCCUGGAUCUGGAUCUGUUCUUUUACUUUGCCACCCUCACUAAGCUGCGCGAGUUAAGGCUAAAAUUUCGUGGUCUGACUGACUACAUCUGUCCGUAUGACACGAAUCUAGUUUUCGUUCGGAAUUUAAUACUCGAUGUUGUACUGAUAAACGACGCCUGUCUGCUCAAGCUGCUGGAACUUUUGCCGGAGGUGAAACGGCUGCAGCUUUCCAGCGUGAACGGUUGCUCGGCGGAUGGAAUCCGGGCGGCCAGGGAGCGGCUGCCACUGUGUGAUAUUAGUGUUAAGCGAAGAGUGCGCAUCGAAGAGCGUUUGUGUUAGCAAACAGCUGUGCCGUUUUUUAUUCUGGUCUUUACGAAGUUCUGCGAACGCUUACAGGAUGUUGAAUUAAUUUGGAAUACAUUUUAGUUAAAAAAUGAA